AUGCCCCAUAUUCCAUAUUCCAAUCAACCAAAUCACUGUCUCAGAAGAACGGCACCCAACGACCAAGUCCUAAACCGUCCGAGAUCAUAUGACAUGACCCAAAAUCUAACAAAGCAACGCAAAGCAAAGCAAGACGAAAGUUUGCCAAACUCAGGGGAACAACCAUCCAUCCAAGGCGAUGCCGCCGAGCCGCCCCUUGCCCUUUUUUUUUCGCCCACGCACGCUCUCUCUCUCUACUCCACCCAUGUCUCACAUAUCCUGACCCGAGAAAACGCAAAUUGUUCCUUCCAACCUUCUAGCUCCCUUCCUCCUACUCACUAA